CUAGGGAAUUGCAGUUUCAAAGUAUACUUGACAUCUUCUUCUCAAGUAAUUCAUGGAGAAUCAAACAGCUGAUUCGUUCUAUGGCAGAGCACAUGUUGUGCGGUAGUAUGCAUUAAUAUAACGCUAAUUUCUCGUAAAGUAAUGAAGUUCUAACGAAAAAGCACAUAAUUACGUCUUGAAAAAAUUGUAUUGUACAUGUUUACUUGAGCGUGCGAUGAAAAAGAAAGAAUAGUAAGUUCUUUUUUAAGAAAUUUUUGUCCUAAGAAAAAUGGCUGACCGUGAUAGCGCAUCUGAAAGCGACUCAAGCUCGAUCGACGGAGGACCAAUAAUGAUGCCGCCGUCUCCCGUAACUAGAGAACAACUUCAAAAAAGGAUUGAAUCGUUGCAACAACAUAAUCGUGUUCUUAAAGUUGAGCUAGAAACGUACAAAUUGAGAGUAAAAGCAUUACAAGAAGAGAAUCGUGGACUUCGUCAAGCCUCUGUCAUCAUACAAGCUAAAGCUGAACAAGAAGAAGAAUUUAUCAGUAAUACUUUAUUAAAGAAAAUUCAAGCACUUAAGAAAGAAAAAGAAACAUUAGCACAUCAUUAUGAACAAGAAGAGGAAUGUUUAACUAAUGAUCUAUCAAGAAAGUUAAAUCAAUUACGUCAAGAAAAAUGUCGUUUAGAACAAACUUUGGAACAAGAGCAAGAAUGUCUGGUAAAUAAAUUAAUGAGAAAAAUAGAAAAACUUGAAGCUGAAACGCUUGCUAAACAGAGCAAUCUGGAGCAGUUACGCAGAGAAAAAGUUGAACUUGAAAAUACACUUGAACAAGAACAAGAAGCAUUAGUAAACAAAUUAUGGAAAAGAAUGGAUAAAUUAGAAGCAGAGAAACGAAUGCUUCAAAUAAAAUUAGAUCAACCUGUAUCAGAUCCUGCUUCACCAAGAGAAAUUAAUAACGGCGAUACUGCUACUAGUCUAAGUACACAUAUUCAAACUUUAAGAAGUGAGGUAGCCAGACUGAGACAUACAUUGCUCAUCUCGCAACAAGAACAUACAGAGAAAAUGCAACGAUAUGUAAAUGAAGAGAAACAAAUUCGUGAAGAAAACUUAAGACUCCAGAGAAAAUUGCAACUAGAAGUAGAACGUCGUGAAGCUUUAUGUAGACAUCUAUCGGAAUCAGAAUCAAGUUUGGAAAUGGAAGAAGAACGGCACUAUAAUGAGAUUGUGAUGUCUGGUGGAAAUAUAAGAAAUCGUACUGUUUCUAGCCCUGUACCGUACAAUCCUUCACCUAGUUCCUCUAGACCAUUAAGCCCAGGUUCAGCGACCAGAGAGGGAUUUAAUACAAAUCGAUGUUAUGCUUGUGGCCAGCCUACUACAGUUCCAUUUGCGAGUUCAUCGCCUCCUUCCACUGGUCAUGUGGUAAUAUCUAAUAGACGCACAUCAGAUCGAUUUGUUAAACCCGCAAUUCCUCCAACUAUUGUAAGUCCUAGUGGUCCACCAAUCACUGCGAAUGCGUCUACAAAUGCAACUGGCGGAUCACCAAUGGAUAUUACUAAAACAUAAGUCAGUUGAAUUUCUCUUAUCAUAAAUAUUUCAUCAUGUAUUCGUAUAAAAUAACACUUUUGUUGAUGCAUUUGUACUAUGUGAUUGUAUAACAUCAUCAAAAGUUAUUUUAGAAAGAAUGUCAUUUUUUAAUGUUCUAAUUGUUUUACAUUCAUAGUACAGUGCAUACAUGUUAAUUAUAAAAUAUCCAUAAAAAAUGAAUAUGCUAUAAAUUGCUCUGUACUUCAUAUCAAAUCGCUUAAAUAUUUCUCGUAACACGAUACAAAGCAGUAUUUACAAAAAAAGGUAAAUAAUCACUUAUAAAUACUUGAUCUGCUUGAAAAUAAUCUAACGAAAUAAAAGUUAAGGAAGGAAGAGAUUUUAUUAUAAUCCCGCUCUUCUAAUUUCCUUUAUAUUUCACUGUUGUUAUAAAUAUUUAAUAUAUUUUGUUUUUGAUGUUUAAAUACAGCACGAAGAAAGUUCAUUGUUAAAUACAUACUUAGGCGAUAAGAAAACAUAUUUUUAUAAUGGUUACUAUGUAACUUACUUAAAUUUGAAUAUUUCUUUUUGUUCAAUAUUCUUUUCUGAAACGGAACUAUAUGGCAUAAUACAAAAGUGUAAUAUAAUAGAAUUUAUGCAUUAAUUAUUUUUCAUUGAAUAAUGUUUAUAAUGAAACUAGAAGAGCGAGAAUUAAAUAAACAUUAAUAUGCCUUGAAAAUAAAUACGCAAUUGUGGUUAAAAAAGAGCUAUCGACAGAAAAAGAAAUAAAAACUUUAAGCUAUCCUAAAUUAUUAUAAAUUUUUAAUAGAAUAUUCUUUAUUUUAUGUUGUUGAUUUAAUCUUUUUUUUUAUACAAUCACAUAAUUUCAGUAUUUACGUAUAUGCAUUCGUAAGCUAUGUUUGGAAUUAAUACAACAUUGAAGAUAACAUUUACAUGACACGUUACUUGCAUUUACUUAUGAAUAUGUUAAACAUUUGACAAAAUAAUUCAUAUCUAUAAUAUUUUCUUGCUUUAAAAUGUUUCAAAUAUCUGUCUGUUUAUAUUAUCGAUGUUACAAGUAUUCAUUAUGUAUUUUCAUUUUAUAAAUAAUAUUUGUUUAACUUGAUCUGUUGAACGUAUCACUGUGUGAUAUGUAUAUUUUGCUUGUUUGAUUUUACUGGUUUUUGAAAAUAUUUUGUUUAAACAAUAAGUUACAAUGUUUUGCUCUUUAUUUUCAAAUUCAUUUACUGAUUUUAUAACAUAUGCCAUGUAUAAACUAUUUUCAGUCAAUGUUCAUCUAAAUGUGAUAAAAUAAGCACAAUAAUUUUGUGCCGUUUAACAAUGGUGGACAAUUAUGCCCGCAAAGGCGCGGAGCAUGGGUGUGUAGGUGUAUAUUAGACUCUCAUUACAUUGCCACGGAUUGGACUGUACACAGAAAAAAGUUGGAAUUGACAAUAUAGAAACAAGUCUUUCUAUACAGAAAAUUUGAAAAUUUCUAAAUUCAGAAGUUCACAAAUUUAAAAAUUUCUAAAUUUCUAAGUUUGUAAAUUUUUGAAUUUGUAUAUGUCUAACUAUCAGAAGUGAGAAGAUGAAUUCAGUAUUGUUCUCUUUCGCACAUUUUAUCCUGCAUGUCCAUGUCCAUGCCCAGCUCUUCGACGAGUAUUUGAUCUACCCAUCAUUGCUGUAUAUGAUGAUUUGAACAUUCAUUAGUCACUAUUGGUGCUUAAAAGCUAUUAAAAUCGUGAGGUUUCUCAAUUUGUUAUUAAGAACGCGUUGUGGACAACAUAUUUGUUCUGUAUUAAGUAAUGCAACAUUUUGGUUGUGAAGAAAGCGAAAUUUUUGCAUUAUUAAACAUUUCCUAUGAUACAAUUUAUA